UACUUGUUACAAGAGGAACACCAACACAAGAUGAUCCCGAUUACUCUUAAUAUCGAUGAUAUAAGAUCGCUGAAGGAGUUGAAUGUUAAUGACCCAAUUCAUAUAAAAGGAUCGAAUGAAGGGGAAUGGGGAAAUGAUAUAAACGAAAUGCGCUGGCAAAAACUGAAAAAGACACUUGAAGAAAAAGUAUCACAUGUAGCUAAAGAACGAGGUGACAAUCGGCUUCGAACAGAGGGACAACAACUGCUGGUUACAGUACCAUCUUCAGCUACAAAUAUGUCAAACAUUCCGUUCUUUUCUACAGAGCAAAGAUCGAUUUCAGAUGAAGUAGGUUCAGGAGAAAUUUUACAUUAUCCUACAGAGGAAUCUGCUUAUCUAUCUGUCGAUGGUGUCACAACGUCUGUAAGCAUUCCUGACAACAGACACAGCGACAUGCCAUUACCACAUGAGAGUCAAGAAGCGAUUAAUCAACAAGACGACGUCGCACAGCAAUUACAAUCAUUGAAUUUAGAUACCGUAGAUGGACCACCACAUAUGAACAGAUUCGAGAUGAUAGAAGAUGUUGAUUUAAGUAUUGAUACUUCACCAGCUGAAACCGAGAAUCAUAGGCCGGAAACUAUUGGUGGAGAUGAAAGUCUAAACAUUUCUGUGAAUACCGAAGUGAAAAAAGACAGUGCGUCAUUCCUUUAUGUUACACCUACUCAAGACGAGACGGAUUUGAAAAUACCUUUCGCUAAUGAGGAUACCCCUAGAUUACCCGAUCAACGUCGUUUGAACCUGAUUUCAACAAAGAAUUCUCCUGACUCCGGUUAUACAACACCAUUUGAAUCCAUCUCAAGGCCGAUAUGCCCCAACAUUGAAAAUCGGCCAGAUUUAAGUAUUAGUACUUCACCAGUUGAAACCGAGUAUCAUAGGCCGGAAACUAUUGGUGGAGAUGAAAGUCUAAACAUUUCUGAAGUGAAAAAAGACAGUGGGUCAUUCCUUGAUGUUACACCUGCUCAAGACGAGACAGAUUUGAAAAUACCUUUCGCUAAUGAAGAUACCCCUAGAUUACCCGAUCAACGUCGUUUGAACCAGAUUUCAACAAAGAAUUCUCCUGACUCCGGUCAUACAACACCAUCUGAAUCCAUAUCAAGGACUAUAUGCCUCAACAUAGAAAAUCGGCCAGAAAUCCAAACCGAUGAUAAAAAGAUAAAACCCCAAGAUAACAGCUCAACUACCGGUUCCGUUAAAGUUAAACCUCCUUUGGCGCAGGCUUCCUCAUCAUCAGCUGUUAUUCGACCAUCUGAAGCUUCAUUACCAAUGCUUGACCAGAAGAAACCAAGAAGUGCAGGGAGUAUAUUUGGAGCCUGUCUGUCUGUAGCAGUGGACUCAUUUUUUAACAGCGACCUAGCAUUUAAAUGAUAAAUUUACAUGAUAGUUAUAAAGCGAAUUAGAAGAGUCAUUUGUUACUAAAAUUGCUAUUUUUUAAAACUAUCAAAACUUGUAAAGUCUUGAUAAUCAUGACAAGGCACAGAUGUUAGACGAGGGUCAUUAUCCCAAAACCUAAACUUUUAGGAAUUAUUCCCUAUUUGAAACUAUUGAAACUUUUUGAAAAUAUUUAUUAAAAUUGAUCGUUCUCCUCUACCGUCGAGCUUUAACAGCGUAUGUGGUGUUCUUUUUAUUUGGGGACCAUACACCACUGUCCAUGGAAUGGCGCUGUGUCGCAUUAACACAUUGCAGAUGUUGAUAAAUUAAUAAUUUUAAAUGAACCAGUGCUUAAAGUUACUUUCUAAUACCGUCCAAAAAAGGCUUGGUGAAACCGAGCCUGCAACAUUUUCAUUUUCGCCGUUUUGAACGUUCUCUAGUGAUUACUUUUUAUAUAUUUUGCCUGUGUAGCUGAAGAAAUGUGGGACCUUAGUGGUGACGUUCCGGAAACGUUGCUUUUAAGUUGAAAAUUACCUUUCAAUAUAUUUAUAUCAGUAUAUGUUGAUUAUACGCAUUACAUAGACAAUUUGAGUGAUUUUCAUUACCGACAAAACAUACUUUUCAGUCCUUUCACAUUUUAUUGAGAUGUGUUGAUGCUUUUAUACAAAGCCUAUACAUAAUAUAUUUCUGUACAGCAUUUCUUUUUACUUUUAUAUUUCUAUUGUUUGUUUGUAGACAUAUUAUACUGUUUUAUUACCUUGUUUUGCUAUUUGUCAUGUUUGUGCCAUAUUUAUAAUUGGAAAAGAUUGUUAAAAUUGACUGUUAAAACUGAUGACAUGUGACUUGUGCUGAUAAAAAAAUCUUUGAUAGAUACAUGUAACAUAAGGGUAUUUGCCAUACUUCAUUAGAUAAAGACAGCAUUUGACCACCCUCACCUAUGUAAAUUACCAGUAUUUUGACUUGUUUUAUCAAAAUUGCUAAAUGAUGUAACACCUUAUCCAAACCAGGGCAAUUGUAACUUGUCCAUGUAUUUUCUUCUUUGAUUAUAUUAUAAUAUAAAAUCAUCAGAAAAUAUAAAUUAUAGAAUAUCUGUUUAUUAUUGAAACAAAUAAAUAUUCUUAACAUAACUACACUAAAAUCGCCAUUUGUUUUCAUCAUAGUAGAGACUCAACGAUAUUUUGUUAACAUACUGUACAUAUAAUUAGGUUUAUAAUAUAAUUGUUGAAUGAAAUAAAUGUAGCACAUUUUAUUAUAAGUUUAUGUUCUCUUUCCAGUAUUAUACAUGCCACACUUAAAUCUUAGAGUAACACAUUUGAUGAACGUGUGUUCUAUCCAAGACCAUUGAAAAAUGUUUUUUAAAAUACAAAUUUACAAGUCCCUGAACUGGUUAAUUGUAUAUCGUUCUGUACUAUUUUUUGUUUAAAAAAUCGAAAAUCAUUUGCAUAAUAUUUGCAUAUCGCAAAUAUUGGCCGAACCCAAAGUACGAUAUUGAGAACACAGACUGACCAGUUUAAUGAAUUUUGUGACUUUUAAUGACGAUAUGUUGUCAUAGUUUACCCAGCUGUUUUGUGUUAAAUAUGUUUGCAAAUUAAUGAAAUUUUCAUGGUAAACGGGUUAAAAUGGAUUAACCUCGCAUUUCAUUAGCUCAAAGUCUUUCUACAAUUCUUAUAAGAUGCGAAGGCGGUUUAUAUUACUUGUUCAGUAUUAAUAUUAUAUGUUGUAGUAAUGGUUUAUGGGUUUCAUUUGGUUGUGUUAAACGGGUAGAGAAUCCAAUAAGCAUUUUGUUAUUUUUCCUUUAUUAUACAAUUAUUGACUAGUGAGCCAUUGAAUAUGAUGUGAUAUUCACCGGCAGAUGACAUAUUGACCGAGGCGAUA